AUGAGAUUAAGUUCUCCGCCACGAGUCUCUAGCCCUCUACGUUCUGUUUCUCCCUCUUUAGAACCUUUAAACUCCGAGCUCCCUCUUCCGGAGGACAAAGUAAUUUCAGAGGAAAUAGAUGAGCCGAGACCGGAGGCUCCCCUAUCUCAAGGACUGAGUGUUAGGACUCAAAAUCCUUUACCCGCUUCGAUUUCAGGCGGAGAAGAGAUUGGAGACAUCUUCCGAAGUUUCCAAACCAGGGAAGGGGCGUCCCUUCCUCCUUUUUCGAUUUGGAGGCCGGAAAUUCGUCAGAUGUUCGCCAAUCGAGCUUGCUACCUAUCCCAGGCGUUUAUGGAGACUAAUGGAAUGAUCUUCCAUUAUGAGAACCUUCUUCAUCAAGCGAAGAGAGAGACCGCAAAGGCUAAGAAGGAGGUUGAUGAAAUUAGAUUAGCCAACCAAUCUGAGCGACUUGAGCGGGAAAAAGCAACUAACAAGCAACGCAUCAGAAUUGCGAAUGCUGAAAGAGAUUCUGCGAGGUCUAAUGCUCUUCGCUUGGAGGCUGAGCUAGAGGAGAAUACGGCUUUGUUCGAAGAAGCAAAUCAAGAAAUCGAGCUUUUAACUAGGAACAGGGCUCGCGAUAUCGCUGAAGCCAAACAUAAUGCUCCAGAAGAGAUGAGGGGAUUCGGUAGGCAACUUAUUCAAUCUGUUACGAACUUCAUCAAGGACGAAGAGGUCUGGACUAAACUUCUAACAGAUCGAGCCGAACUGAAGAGCAAUCUAGACCUGAUUAAGGAACUAGAGGCUGGAAGAGUUUCGUUCGAGAACGGGAGGAGCGAAGUUGCUGCCGAACUCGCUAUGGUUGAGUCCGAGUAA